CCCGGAAAAAUUAAAGAUUCACAAUCAGUAGAUGAAAUGAAUAGUGAAAUGGUGUCGCUGUGACUGUAAAGGGGGAAGGGGGGUUAGACCUGUUAGUCAGGCAGUGCCGGCCCUUUUCCUGCUGCUGGAUCGGGAUCGGGAUGGACCGGUUCAGCCCUGCCAUGGAUUUCAGCGCGGCUGCCGGAGCCGGAGCCGGAGCCUCGGAGCAGGCGGAGCUGUCGCGGCUAAUGGCGGCGGAGCAGCAGAAAGCCCAGUUCCAGCUGAAAGUGCACAGCUUCACCGAGGUUUGCUGGGACAGGUGCGUGGACAAGCCGGGCUCCCGGCUGGACUCUCGGACCGAGGCCUGUCUGGUCAGCUGCGUGGAGCGCUUCGUGGACACCGCCCUGGCCAUUAGUCAGCGCUUCGCCCAGAUGGUGCAGAAGGGAGGGCAUUGAGUCAACAUCUUGGUUACGGUGACUGCCGGCUUGGCCGCUGCUGCGGAGCCGGAGGGUUUUCAUGGCUGUAACAUUAUCCGCUGUGGACACGCUGCAAGUCCCAAGGUCAUCUCAGCAACUUCCGCUAUCACUGUCUGUAAAUUCACGCACACUCAUUAAAGCCUUUUUCCCACAUGA